AUGGCCUCGCGCGGCCCUCUGAGCGGCCUGGACGGCAUGCUGCCUGGUUCCUGGGCUGACCAGUACAAUUCCUGGCGAUUGUCCGCGAAGCAGUUCCUGCAGCAGAGCCACUAUCCUCGCCCGCGGCCGCGACCGACUCGAUUGCUCUCUGCAGUCGCGGCGUGCUUCUUUUUAUUAUUUCUUUUCAUGCGCUCUCCGAGCGAGCCGGAAGUAAACCACUGGCUCCAAUACCCCUCGUACCACCCUUUUCACGGAAGACCCGAAGACGCCACGAUAAUCACACCCCGAAUUGCCUACGACCACAAUGACACCUUUAUCCUAUCAAACAGCUUACAGAAGACGAAUGCGUCGUUUCAUCUUGUCUUGCCCGCGACGCGGAGCAACCCCGGUCUAUGCCGUACCCUGACAUCGGCCAUGAUACUGAACUACCCGCCGCCGACGCUGGUGCGCUAUGGGAGAGAACUGCCGGCGGGCUCGGCGGGACAUGAUUACAUGGUGGACCGAAUUACUGGAAUAUACAACUUUCUGGCGUACACUCCGCGCCUGCAGGACCACGAUAUUGUGCUAAUUGUGGACGGCUUCGAUAUCUUUUUUCAGCUCCCGCCGGAGGUUUUGGUCAAGCGGUACCAGGACCUGCUACGGGAGACGAAUGCGAAGUUACGUGAGAAGUACGGCAUGGUAACUGUUGAUCGACCAUUCCGCAAGGACGGCGUGGAAACCCACCAGAAGUAUUCACAGCGGGUGAUCUUCUCCGCAAGCAAGGAGUGCUUUCAUAACUUGACUGGAGAUGCUGGAUGUGCCAGUGUGCCAGGAUCUACUCUUCCGCCGGACAAUUAUGGAUGGAAAACGGAUACACAGGAACAGUUGACCCGCCCGAGAUGGCUCAAGCCAGGCGCGGUCAUUGGGCAAGCGGCAGACUUGAAGCUCAUCUAUGCGCAGGUCCUGCGGUUCGUUGAGGAGCAUCGCGCAGUCGACGGUGACUACCUGGCGCUGACGCAGAUGUAUGGCCGGCAGGAAUACGUGCGCGAGCUGGAGCGACGCAGAACUACCAGCGGUUUCAAGGAGAUGUUGUAUCGAUGGAUUGGCAUAUCCGAAGCCACAAAUAUCACCAUUUUUCCUCCACACCUUCAAGCUGGUCAGCGCUACGAAUACGGAAUCGGCGUGGACUUUGAAUCGCGCCUCUUCUUCAACACGGUCAACUCGAAAGAAGACGUCGAGUGGCUCCGCUACAACAAUGUCACCAAAACAUCAACCGCGCAAAUGGAGCACCGCGUACCUCGCGAGAGCCGUCUUCUGCUCCCCGACGACGUCUCGGACCAAAAACUGGGCAACCCAUUCAAACAGCCGAAAUACAGCAAAAACGAGUAUGUCAACCCGCCCUGGAACGACACUCUGGAUACCCUCCCAACCCAACGCUCCUGGAGCAACAUCCCGCUCUUAACGAACGUCCACUCCGCCGAAGUCCCAGCCCUUAUUCACAUGAACGCAAAAGACAAGGGCACUGUGCGUGACACGUGGUGGUCGAAGAUGUGGUACGCCCCUUGGGCUCGGGCCCUCUUGCGCAAGUACAUGCGCUCGCAGACGGGCUUUGACGCCGCGCAGCAUGCCCUGCUCGACCAGAACUUCUGGGAUGUGCGCGGCGGCGUUGGUGGUGUCUGGACGGAUAAGGGUGAGUGGAUCGAUUAUCCCGAAGUGUGCUCGGGAUUUGAGCGCGACUUGUUUGACGACGGCUUCGGAGCCUUCGGCGAGGAAGAUGGAGGCGAGUACGGCGGACCCGUUUAUAACCAAUGGGGCAAUCUGGUGAAGGGGAGGGAGUUCUAG